AUGAAUCCAGGAGAUAAACCCUUCACAAUUACCUACCUCAUAGGAUAUGCAUUGACAAAUAGUCAUCAUAGCAUAGACUAUAAAAAAGAAGAAUACAUAGAACUUGAAGAUGUAUUAUCAGAAAUAGGACAUGUCAAAGAUAAACAAUUUUGUGACAUAGAUCCUCAAGAUAGCUCUUGGGCUUUAAACAUAGCCAGAAACAAAAAAGCUUUAGGAGAAAGGCUACAACCUAGAAUCUCAAUAGAUUCUCUUCAUAUAGGUGAAAUGUCCAAAUCUAUGGAACCUACUCCAAGAGAUAUACUCAAAAGCAUAAGAAAUGAAGAAUUAAUAAUCAAUGGAUCAAAUGUCUCGAUUGUUGGUCAAGCUCUUAGGUUACUAGAUCUUGCUGAAUCUAAAGGAAAGGAUAUAGUAAACUUAGAAAUCUCUGCAUCUGAGGAACUUAAACAACUUUUCCACUUUGAUGAAACGAUUAACGUCAUAGAAGAAACAUCUGCCAAAGAAACCUCUGUAUAUAUUUCAGAAGAAGAAGUAGAAUAUCUUUCUUCUGAUAUAGAGCCUAACUUCGGGAUGAAUAAGACCGAAUCACAUUUAGAUCAUCCUGGAGAAUCUUUUUUUGAAGGUGAAUGA